GCUGCCGGCUCUCGUCAGGUCUUACAGCAGUUCAGUUCGUAGCUUUUCGGUCGUCUACAGACUGAGAGUGUACGAGCUGCUCUCUCUGCUGCCUCCACUCGACUACCAAGAGAGCUUCGGUUUGGUGAUGAACCAGCUGGUGACUGAUCUGUCGGGUCAGGACAACCUGAACCAGCCGUGUUCAGAGCUCACCCUGCUGCCCCCCCUCUGUCACCAUGACGACCUGCCGCUGGUCGGGCCCGCCCUCCACGACACGGACCACAGAUACAUCGAGGAACAGCUCCAUGGCAGCAGCGUGGGAGGCGGCUCUCUGGACAACGACGCCUUCAGUCUGUGUGAGAGGAGCGACGACGCUCCCGCUCCUCUUCCUCCCGCCAUCGCUCUGACCGCUGCUGCCGUCCGCCUCUUCGGAGCACUUUUCCCCCACAUCAUCUCCGCUCAGAGAGUGAAGAUAUUGGAGCUGUUUGUGGACACGGUGAACCAGCUGAAGGGUCAACGGCAGCAGACAGUCCAGACACACGUCUGUGCUGCCCUCUGCAGUCUGCUCAAGCACCAGGGCGGUAUUCGGGGCUCUCUGGGGCCGGAGGAGGUGCGUUCUCCAGCAUUGUCCCUCCUGUCGGGGGCGCUGGAGAGCGGCAGUCCUCUGCUGCGCUGUCUGGCCGCUGAAGGUCUGGCCCGGCUGGUUCAGGUGGUCGGAGACCCCGGCUUCACCGUCUCCGUGUCCCUGCUCUGCUUCGACAGGCUGAAGACGGCUCGGGACGCAGCGUCUCGCAGCGGCUACGCUCUAGCUCUGGGGGCGCUGUACCGAUACACCGGAGGCAUCAGCUCACCUCAACACCUGUCCACCUGCCUGGGAGUCCUGUUCACCCUUAGCCAGGACAGCACUUCGCCCGAGGUCCAGACCUGGUCUCUUCACAGUCUGUCUCUGGUAGUCGACUUGUCCGGCGGUUUGUACCGCGCCCACGCCGAGCCGUCCUUUACCCUGGUGCUCCGGCUGCUGCUGUCGGCUCCACCCACCCACCCUGAGGUGCACCACAGCCUGGGACGUUGCCUGCACGCCCUCAUCACCUGCCUGGGCCCCGACCUGCAAGGUGAGGGUGCGGCAGUAUCCGGUCUGCGCUCCAGCUGUCUGGUGGGAUGCGGAGUGAUGCAGGCCGGUCCAGACUGUCUGGUUCAGGCCAGAGCCAUUUCCUGUCUGCAGCAGCUGCACAUGUUCUCGCCACCACACGUCAACCUGGCCAGCCUCGUACCGGCUCUGUGUGAGAUCUUGUUGGAUUAUUCCCUGUUGGCCAACCUGUGCAGUUCGUACCUGUGUCUGCGGCGGGCCGUGGUGGCGUGUCUGCGGCAGCUCGUCCAGCGGGAGGCUCUGGAGGUGUCUGAACACGCGGUGACUCUGGUCAAAGAGCUGCCGAGACGAGACAACACACAGCUGGACGUCACCAUAAAGGAGGUGGGUCUGGAAGGAGCUCUGUUCACUCUGCUGGACCGGGAGUCAGAUCCAAGCCUGAGGAAGGACAUCCAGGAGACUCUGGUCCACAUGAUGGCGUCCAGCGCCACCAGCGGGAAACUGGGACACUGGCUCAAACUCUGCAAGGACGUCCUGUCUGCAACCACCGACUGUCGGGCGCCAGUUGAAGCGAGUCAGGAGGACGAGGAGGCGGACCCCGCCAGAGACGACGACUCCUCUGCUUUCAGAGCUCGGUCAGAGUCCGGCGGGCCGUUCACCGCCCUGCGCUGGGCCACGCGCCGCUUUGCCAUGGAGUGUGUGUGUCGCAUCGUUGCCCAGUGUGAGACCGCAGACCCGGCUCACUUCGACAUGGCCCUGGCUCAGGAGCGACGCCUGCACGAGUCCACCGAUUUCCUCGUCCUCCAUCUCGGCGACCUGGUGCGCAUGGCCUUUAUGGCGGCGACAGACCACAGCGACCAGCUGCGGUUGGCAGGUCUCCAGACUCUGCUGGUGAUCAUCAGACGCUUCUCAGCCAUCCCCGAACCGGAGUUCCCCGGUCACGUGAUCCUGGAGCAGUACCAGGCUAACGUCGGAGCUGCUCUCAGACCAGCCUUCACUGCUGAUGCUCCUCCUGACGUCACCGCCAAGGCCUGCCAGGUCUGCAGCGCCUGGAUCGCCAGCGGCGUGGUCAGUGACCUCCGCGACCUGCGGCGUGUCCAUCAGCUCCUGGCCUCCUCGUUGGCCAAAGUGCAGUCGGGGAGGGACACGUCCAGCCAGCUGUACAACGAGGCCACGGCUACAAUGGAGACACUGGCCGUCCUCAAGGCCUGGGCCGAGGUUUACAUUGUAGCCGUCCAGAGGAGCAGACAGAAGGAGAACUCCGACCCGUCAGUCUCCUCCCUCGGCUGCGGCUCCGAGUCGGGAGGCCUUCUGAAGUUGGUCCAAUCAGAUCUGUCGACACUGAGCCGUCUGUGGUUGGCGGCGCUGCAGGACUACGCCCUGCUCACCCUCCCGCAGGAGUACGCCUCCCAGCUACCGGCAACAGGAGGUUCUUUCUACACAGCGGAGACUGUGAAACAGGCCAGAGCUCAUUACUCCUCCUCCUGGGCUCCUAUCCUCCACGCCACCUCCCUCUGGCUCCACAGCACCGGUUUUGUGAUGUCAGACGACUCACCUGCCAACCUGUCCAGACCAGCAACGCCCACCUCCAUGGGACACACCGGCUCUGUGGGCGGAGCCAAGAGUCCCGAGGACAUCAACAGCGACAGACUGCAUCUCAUCCUGGGGAUCAGUGUGGAGUUCCUGUGUUCUCCGCACUCUGAGGACCAGAUGGAGAACAUCACUUCCUGUCUGCGAGCCCUGCAGGCGCUGCUCGACGUCUCCUGGCCCCGAGCUAAGAUCGGAAACGACCAGGCUCUGAGUGUGGAGCUACUCAGCGUCCUCCACAGGCUGAUGGUGACCAGAGAGUCGGUGUCCGUUCAGCUCGCUGUGUUGGAUUUGCUGCGGCAGAUUGUGACGGCCGCUCAGGAGCACGUCAGGGAGAAACGCCACAGCGCCGAAGGAGACUCUGUCGUGGAUCAGAUCAGCCUGCUCACAGCUCUGACCGUCUUCCUGUUGUCUGCUGGUCCCGACGUCUGCACCGUUGAGCCGCUGCACACGCUCUGUCUGCAGCGCUUCAACGCCAGCAUGGACGCCAAAGACCCGCUGGUUGUGAGUCGGUGCUAUCAGCUGCUGUCGUCGGUGUUUCAGGGUCCGCCCGGCGUGGCCGUCCCGUACAUCCAGGCCCUCGGACCGCCGCUGGUUCGAUUCCUGCAGAAGGCGGAGAGGAGUCGUCCUCAGAGUCCGGAGGAGCUGAUGGGAGUCCUGGAGGGAGUCCGAGCCAUGGAGGCUCUGGUCCAGGCUGCAGACGAGUCACAGCGUCCUCAGCUGGUGGCCAUCUUGUUGCCCCUCCUCAUCUCCUUCCUCCUGGAUGAAAACGCUCUCGGCUCGGCCCCCGCAGCAUCUCGGUCUCUCCACGAGGCGGCGCUCAAAGACCUGAUGCGUCUCGGCCCGCAGCACUCCGCCGUCUUCAGGUCUCUCAUCGCGUCCUCUCCUCACCUGAAGGCUCGCCUGGAAGCCGCCGUCAAAGGAAACCAGGAGAGUCUGAACGCUAAAGCUAGUGGCGCUAACCCCGCCCGCAGCGCUGCCAAGUCCUCCCCCAGCAUCACGCUCAAAACCAACUUCCUGUGAGAGGCCUCGUCACGACACCGCAGCAUGGAGGUGUCACCGUGCUGCGUUCACUGUCCCCUGGGACCAAUGGUACCGUUGUUGUCUGAGAGACAUUAAGGCCGAGUUUUAAUGGUAAUGAUAUUUGAUGUCAUCAUGAGUCUUCCAACAUGGCGGCGUGUUUCCUCCGUACACGCUGUCCCUGAAUCUCACAUCGCUGUUCAUUUUAUUACGAGAAGGAAACAGUUCUGGUGCUUUUACUUUUUAAGAUUUUCUUAUUGAAAGUCGCUGCUGUCCGAUAAUCCGCCGCCGUCAGCGCAUGCUAAGGAAACGAGCACGGUGCAUUCAGGUUCCUGAUCGUUACGUCUCACCUCUGAGAGGUCCUUGAAUGCACCAUGAAGGAGAUACAGAACCUCCAGUGAUCUGACGCUGAGUAAACGCGGAGCUGUUUUGGUGAAACAAUGAAGGGUUUAAAAUAAGAUUAAAUUAGUUCAAAGAGCUGAAACUUUAAUCCUCAACAACGAUUUCAACAACUGAUUAAUUAAUUAAAGUAAUUGAUAAGCUAGAAGAAGGAACUAUUGAAACCUAUAAAGAAGAGACCGAAUGUAAGUUACAGUCCGAGUGAAUAGAGCAGAUUUAUUAAGCUAUAACAUCUCUGGUUCUCUGCCAGCUGAUUUUAAUAAAUGAACUAACGGUUAUUAUUAUCAAUUGAUUGAUUAAUUUCUCCAUGAAUCAUGAACUGAAGGCAGUGAGUGUCUGGAGGGAAGGAUGUCCAUGAUGAACUGAUAAUCUGGUAAAUAGUCAGCAGUGAUCUGAAUCAUCGAUGAUUUGUUGAUGAAGAGAAAAGAAAAGUUUCUGUUUUUAGUUCAAUAUAUUUUUUAUGUUUUAACUUGUGCUACAGAUGUUUUAUAGAUCGUCACUCUUAAAGGUCCAGUGUGUCACAGUGAGGAGGAUCUAUUGUCACAAUGUAAUAUCUGAAGGUAUGUUUUCAUUAGUGUUUAAUCACCUGAAUAGAAGAACUGUUGUGUUUUAGUUACUGUAGGAUGAGUUUUAUCUACAGAGGGAGCGAUUCCUCUCUGGAGUCCGGCAUGUUUCUACGGUAACCCAGAACAGACAAACCAAACGCUGACUCUGGAUAAGGACUUUAGUGUUCGUCAACGCCGUCGUAGUUUCUCCUACACGCUCGGAAGGCGAGCUGUAUUCAGUUGGUCAUAAUCUGCAGCUUCACCGCGAGAUGCCUCUAAAUGGUACACACUGGUUCUUUAAUGUUCAGCGUCCAUGUUUUAUCUCCAGAUAGCAAAAAUAAAAGUCUGAAUAAAACUCGUAUGUGAUGGAGGAAGACGUCGGGCACUGACUUAUGCAUCAAAUAUCUCUCAACUUUCCUUAUUUCCACAAUUCCAACAGUUCACGGAGCGGAAAUAUUUAAGUACACUGUGCAGAAGUAACUAAUUGGUAUUAGCAUAAAGUAUAAAGGAUCCCUUUGACCGGUUUUAUCAUCGCCAAAAUUGAGCCUAAACUGAAGCAUUAUUUAUCUCCCCUCCCAACACGAUUGGUACUGAUGGAUGAGUUCCAUCCUCUAGUUUCAUAUGAUACCAGUAUCUUCCCUCUACAGCUACAGCAUCUGAAAGACAGAGCGGAGUGGAAGAGGGAGGAAUAAUGGGGUGGCCCCGCCCGUCUGGAGCCGCCCCGACUUUAAUCUCAGACUGUUUACUCGUUUCCAUUUCCAGUAAACUCUCUCUGAUACUCAGACUCCACCCGCCUGGCACAACAAGUACAGUUAAACAAACAGCAGUUACAGCGUCUGUCAGUCAAAGGGAAUAUUCUCUCAAUAUUCUGCUUUUAUUUUGAAAUAAUUCACUAUUUACUUCCAGGUUUAAGUCUGAAGUCGGCAGUAGAAUGAGCUUCUUUCUCCUCUGUCGCUAACAGUGAACGGAGGUCAAAGGUCACGUAUUCCUUUGACCGAGCGAAUCUGAAAACAAACAAGCGAUAAAGAACGUUUUUAUGUUUUUUGUGUGAAUUUGUUGGUUUUAAUGUCGUCUGACAAAUCACAUGAAAACACAACCUGAUUGUUAUUAUGUACGGCGGCCUGUGAGGGACAAUUUUAGUCGUCAGCACUUUAGUUUAACAACACUACAGCGUCACAUGUUAUCGGUACAAACCAUCCACCUGGACCCCGUCUGUGUGCGGGUGGAAGAAAGUGAAGAAAGAAUGUAAGUUUGAGUUCAUGUGAAUGUUCAUAUCAGAGAAAAUCUCAGUCUCAAUCAAACACUGAAGAUUUAGCUGCAAUAGGUGUGUGAGCCAGGUGAGCUGCAGAGUGUGUGAGAGCUCACCUGGCUCUGUGAACUGUACAGGUGAGACCCGAGUGAGUGAGUUAACAUGUUGUUUUCUAACAGAAUAAAAAAACCUCAUUUUCUUCUAAUC